GUAGUUGGUCCUAGUGUGACGGUGACGUAUUUCCGGUGCCGUCGUCGUGAAGCAGCUAGGCUGCUGAAAGCGGAGAAGAAGAAACAGUUUGUUGUUCUGUUUCACAGACGCGUCGAUAUCUGUGGUCUCACCUGGCGGACAGGAGUCGCAUCCCCACCUCCUCUCAGCGGAUUUUCUGCAGGUCGAAGGUCAUGGCACUGAUCUCUUUGGAGGAUCUCGAUGGAUUGGAUGACGAGCAGCUGGACGAUGACAUCACAGACAACCCCGAGCCGAUGGAUGAAGAUGAGUCGGAGCGCCUGAUGAGUCACUGGCAGGCCGUCGCCAGCACACACCAGGUGUCAGUUCCUCAAGAAAUGAGAGGACCCAUACAGGAAAUGACACGCAACAGCCAGCAGAGGGAGCCCCUCCCCUUCACAACCAUCUCAAGCCACGAGAAGAUGGGUGAGGUGCAGUACGAGGAGCGGCUGUACCCGGCGGGUCACUGGGCGUCCGUGACACAAGGAGACGACCUGUACGAGCAGAGCAUCUCCACGGCCUUCAUGAAGCUGAUGCGCUUCAUCUGCAAGGAGAAUUCUGCAGGUAGAUACCUGGGGAUGACCGUACCCGUCAUCAGUUACAUCCGUAUGGCGAAGGACGGCAAGACAUUUGAGAAGGAAGUGGAGACGGCGUUUUUCCUUCCCGCGGCGCUCCAGCACAGCCCGCCGCAAUCCUGCGACCCUGACAUCAGCAUCGUCUACAGACAGCCAAUCAGAGUGGUCACCAGGCCAUUCUUCGGGACGACCACGGAGGAGACGGUAGGCCGCCAGAUCCUGCUGCUGUGGGAGAUUCUCGGCGCCACUGAUGAGCUGCACAGCGAUCGGUACGCCGUGGCCGUGUACGAGAACCCGGGUGUGCCGCGACGCCGGAACGAGCUCUGGUUCAUCAGGCGUGAUCUUUAGGCUCCUCCCAUCAUGCUCUACUUCAGCACGUCCACUCACAGCUUCCUGUCAAACUGACAUCAGAGCAGUCAUCUGUUAUGAGGACACUAAGCCCCACCCUUUCUAUUAGCUCACACUUCACAGGUCUGUUCUGAUUGGCUGAGCAAGGUGAUGAUGCCAUAACGGCUGAUUGUGAUUGGUUUGUUGGUUUACUGACAUCAUGUAACAUUUAUUUACAAAGACAAAAAGGAGGCUCCGCCCACAUCUUUUCCAGUAGUGCAAUCAUCAUCGGUGAUGUAAUCGUGACCGCUGCCAUGGCGUGCAAAACAGGAAGUGACAUGGUGUCGGUACCAGCACUUAGUUUAGUCUGAUUGUAGCAACCAAUCAGCUGAAAAGGAACCCCUCCCCCCCCGGUCCGGUCUAAAGACUGAGGCAUUGAUCACAUGAUCAGCGGCAGCCUGAAACCUUAACACAUGUGGUCGAGUGCGGCGAGCCCGAAGGUCUCAUACAUGUCAUCGCCAGAGGGGGGAGGGGUCACGGGUCAGUAUGUUUUUUGUGCGCUGACAUCACCAGUGCGUCCAGAUGAUUCCUCUAAAUCAGGGGUCCCCAAUCCCAGUCCUCGAGGGCCGGCGUCCUGCAGGUGUUAGAUCCACCCUGGGUCAGCACGCCUGAGUCACAUGAUUAGCUCGUUACCAGGAGAACUUCAGACAUGUUGAUGAGGUCGUUUAGACGUUUACAUCAGCUGUGAUGAUCAAGGACACGUCUAAACCUGCAGGACGCCGGCCCUCCAGGCCUGGGAUUGGGGACCCCUGCUCUAAUCAUUCAAGCACAUCACGCGUCACAUGACUCCUUCAGACAUCCUGCCGUCUCGCAUGUGGUUCCUCGCAGGCCUGUGAUGUCACUGUGAUGUCAAAGGUUUUGAAUGUUGUGUAGAUUUUGUGUUGUUGUUUUUCCUGCUUUGUGUAAAAAUCUUGAAAUAAAAUGUUUGAUUUCAAAAAA